AUGUCUGGAUCGCUUUCUCUGAAACCUAGUCCUUCUUACAUUGAGGCCUCUUCCGCUACCUGCUUGGGCGCAUUAAAUAGUUCUCGCAUGCACAAAGAAUCCAGAGUCCCAGUUUAUUCUGAUGGCCUAUGUCCAGAGAAUCCUAGCACCUCUCCAUCUGAACAUAGAACGAACAUGAUUCAAGUAACUUGUGAACAGACACCUGGCGAUGCAGCAAGCCUAUCUUCCACAGCAUCCAUAGCCUCUCUCCACCAUUACCAGCACUUUGUUCCCCCACAACUUCGCGCUCUGCGUGACUUGAUUGUCAAGAUGAUCAACCACGGCAAGCACGAAAUGGCUGCCAGCCUUUGUCUAGAAAGCAUCCGAGGUCUUCAGGCGGCGCUGCCUUCUAAAACCGAGUUUGAAAGCACGACCACUCCCAUUUCUUUUGGCAGCCAGUUGGAUGGCCUGAGCGGAAGUGGUGACGUCAUGGAGGCGAGGCAACUUAGGCAUGAAAGUACAAAGGUUUCAGAAGAAACAGAACCGAAGGACCGAAAGCUCAAAAGCCAGAUGGAUAUAGCUGCUUUGAUGAAUAUUCUAGCCUUGGUGUACAGGUGA